CCCUGAAAACAGUAUGGCGUCCAUCGGACUCGGAAAGGCCAACUUGUAGAAACUUUGAAUGUGCAUCAGCGGGAAUAUAUUCAUCAAGAUAACAAAAUGCACUUGUUCUGAAGCAGAUACAUCAGCCGUCAUGUUGCCAAAGUGGGUCUUAAAAAUGUGUCUCGUUACUAACGUAAUAUUAUAUCAGCGUAAUCCGAACGUAACACUGUCUGUUUAUUUGGGAUUCCUCGACUUACAGUGAACAAACCAUACAAUCCGUGUAACCCAUGAUCUUCAUUAUAGAGGAUUGCAUAAACUGAGGGCACUUGUUGGAGAAACAUUUUUGUUUUCGGGAACGACCCCCAUCUAAUUUUAUUAAUGCUGGAAGAAACAUAAGUUGUGCAAGGGAACAAUGCUGCCAACGUAUUCUGGCACCAUAGGUAAGCUAUGAUACUUGCCUGAGACGAUGGAGGCACACAUUGCAAUCACUUGUGCCCCAGAGCUGGGGCCCCAGUCUGAUGCAUCUUCUUCUGAUUGCAAACAUGAACGAUCCCAGUAUUCUCAGUCAGACUUCAAUCAAAUAAACAAACCAAAAGAACUCCUGCGUGAAGGCUUUGUCACAGAAGAUAGUUGUGAUGAUGGAGAACAAGUAACUGUUGAUACUGAGAUACACACAGACUGCAGCGAGGACCUUUCUUCUAAUUUACAACUUGGUUUUAUACAGAACUGCUACAACCAGGGUUCCCUCACUGACAAUAUUACCGUCGUGACCCAAGAUGUGUCUAGUGAACAGGUGGGCCCUAAUGAUGGCAUUACAGAGAAGAAAAAGAAAGUGUAUAUUUGUGACAUAUGUGAGAAGGUGUUCAACAGAAGUGACAAUUUGAAGAUUCAUAUGCGUGUUCAUACCAAUGAGAAGCCAUACUUGUGUGUGGUGUGUAAUAAGACAUUUUCUCGUUCACAGCAUCUCACAACACACAUGCGUUCACACACUGGUGAGAAACCUUUCUCUUGUGAUGUAUGUAACAAAAGGUUUUCAGAGUCAAAGAGCUUACAAAAUCACCGUAAAACACACACAGGUGAGCGUCCUGACAAGUGUGAUCUGUGUGGGAAGUGUUUUACCCACUCCGGUCACCUCAAACGUCACAUGAUGACUCAUACAACAGAGAAACCAUUCAAGUGUGGAUUGUGUGACAAAACGUAUACACGCUCGGAAAACCUAGAGAAGCAUAUGAAAGUACACGCUACAUGUGAAGUGUACACCUGUGACAAGUGCGACAAACGAUUUCUCUCCACAGAGAGACUGGAUGUCCAUUUGAAGUGGCAUGCUGGGGAGAAGGUGGCUAUAUGUGAAAUCUGUGAUAAGCUGUUCACCAAGCUGGACUACCUCAAGAAGCAUGUGAAGGCUAUGCAUACAGAACAAGUGUCAGUACUGCAGCAAGGUGUUCAGCCUUAAGAACAACCUGCUUAUUCACCGGCGCACACAUACUGGUGAGAAGCCCUACAGGUGUGUGGUGAAAUAUUUUGUCAGUCAUCACAGGUGAAGUCACACCUACUAACUCACGGCCAGCAGAUACCUGAUGACAGCGACGAUGGUGGGGCAGUGGUAGGGAGUGAGGAGGCGGCGUCGUCAACACUGGCAGCAGAGUAGCGUACUCCACAUGUACUCUGUCAUAACUGUUGUGUACCUUCGUUUGUUGUCAUGGAGUGUAGGGCAAUUCCCCACCUCCACAUCACCCCAUAUGCCAUUUCCCCACCUGGACAUUUCCCCACCCAAGAAUAUUAUUUUCCCACCUCUUUGAAAACACCUAAAAAAAUUGAUGAGUUAAUUGGUGCAUCUGAAGCCUGAGUGAAGGGAACUGUGUUUGGAUGGUUAUCAGCAGCUGAUCAGUGGGGGAAAUUUAUGAACUCAGUUGCCAAGAAAAUCUGCCUGAAUAUUUAAGAUUAUAUCUGCCUGAAUAUUUAAGAAUGAAAUGUAUUUUACAAUACUUCUUGUUCAGGAUAGUGGGGAAAUGACUGACCAGGUAUAUAUUUGGGUGGGGUAUUGUCCGGGUGGGAAAAUGACUGGAUUCCGUUGUCAUGUAAUUAUGAAACUUAAUUCACCUGGAUCAUCCAUAAUCAUGAUAAUUGUUAUACAAACAGGAGUGUGUGCUUCUAUCAUAUUUACUCGUAUAGUCCACAAGUUGUUACAAUCUUGAUGGAACAUUGUGUGUUUUCAUAUUUGUCUAGUACUGAGCACAUUAUGUCCCAAAAUCUUAACCAUAUUUGCUGUAUUAUGUCGGGGUAAAAUGGUAUACCGCAGUAUUUUGCCAUCGGUUCGGUAUACCUUAGUGCGAUCCAAAAAUACAGCAUUUUGUAUUUUCGUACCAUUCUUCUAUCGACUCAUAAAAUAACAUUGUUGUUCAUUGAAAUUAACAAAGAUUAUGGUUAUUUUUAUUCCAUGUUAUUAACAAUGUAUUGUAAAAUUUAGCUCUUGUAAAUUUUCUGUAUCAUGAUCAUAUUUCAUAUACCGAACCGAAACGGACCGAAUUGAAGGCCUUGUACUGCAAUAUGUAGCAUAGCAUAGUUAGAGUGUACCAUUUCACCCCUAGUAUUAAGCAUAUUAAUUGCCAUGCUCCAAUGUCUGGACCAAUCCGUAAUGUUUAUGAGCCAAGUUCAAAGACUGACAAUUAGGUAUGUAUGGCAGUAAGAAUUCUCUUGUGUAUAUUUGACAUGUUUUAUACAAAUGAUUGGAAAAAUCUACUUCCAAGUGAAAGUACAGUAUAAAGUUUUAACUGUAUAAUUUGGUGUAUUUGGUUCCCUAAACAUGCUCAACAAUGCUUAAUUGUUGAAACUGUCAAUAAAAUGUGCUGAUCAGCAUAUGAUCAGAAAUCAA